ACAAAGUAUCUUCUAUUUAACUACUUUUGUCAGAGUACAAUGCAACUGUGAUCUGCAAAUUGUUAUAUUCAUGGAGAUGCAUUUUGGGAUUUGGGCCUUCUUAGUUUUGUUUCUGGUACUGGAUUAUGGGUGUUUUGGAUGCUUAGAUGAAGAGAGGAUUGCUCUCUUAGAUCUGAAAGCUGCCUUCUGUUCUCCAGAUUGUUCUUCUCUUCCAUCUUGGGAAGAUGAAGAAAGUGACUGCUGUGGAUGGGAAAUGGUUGAGUGUAGCAACACAACAGGACGAGUACUCAAGCUUUUUCUCAACAAUACGAGGGAGUCAUCCCAGGAAGAUUUGUACCUCAAUGCCUCUUUGUUUAUUCCAUUUGUGGAGCUAAAAAUACUCAAUUUAUCUAACAAUAUGCUGACCACUUUGGGUGAUGAUGAUGGCUCUGAAAGACCAUUUAAGUUGAACAAUCUGGAGCUCCUUGAUUUAAGCAAUAAUACUUUGGACAUUAGCAUCCUCGCAUCUUUGACUGAACUCUCAUCACUUAAGUCUCUAUCUCUAGGUACCAACAUAUUGGAAGGAUCAAUUCAAGAGUUGGCUGCUUUGCACAACUUGGAGGAGUUGGAUUUGAGUAAUAAUUUGUUGGAAAGCUUUAUAACAACCAAAGGGCUCAAAAGUCUGAGAAAGUUGCGAGUUUUAGACCUGGAGACAAAUGGUUUCAAUAUCAGCACCCUAAAAUCAUUGGGGAGGCUCUCAUUGCUUAAGGAGCUUUAUCUUGGAGGGAAUAAAUUGGAAGGUUCUGUUACACUCAGAGAGCUCAAUAAUUUGAGAAACUUGGAGGUUCUUGAUUUGUCUUCUACCAAUAUCAGCAGCAGCAUUCUGCAAAUAGUAGAAGUAAUGACAUCACUUAAAGCCUUAUCUUUGCGAAGCAAUGGAAUCAAUGGUUCACAGACCGCGCUUCAAGGUUUGUGCAAACUUAAGAACCUUCAAGAGUUAGACCUCAGUGACAAUGGGUUUGAGGGCAGUGUCUCUCCAUGUUUGGGAAACUUGACCUCCCUUCGGGCAUUGGAUCUAUCUAAAAAUCGAUUUUCAGGAAACCUAGAUUCAUCUCUCUUUGCUGGUCUCAUGAAACUAGAAUUCCUUUCCCUUUCACAUAAUGUCUUCCAAACUUUUCCUCCCAUUAGCUCCUUUGCUAAGCAUUCCAAGCUUGAGGUGCUUGAUCUCAUCUGUGGGAAUAACACAUUGUUGUUAGAAAGUGAAGAUCAAACUUGGGUUCCAUCCUUUCAACUGAAGGUGUUUCGUCUUUCAAGUUGCAUACUCAAAACAGGGUCCAUUCCAAGUUUUCUUCACCACCAGCAUGAUUUAAGAGUAGUUGAUCUCUCGAAUAGCAGUUUGGAAGAAGAUUUUCCCACUUGGCUGAUGAAGAACAAUACAAGAUUGGAAGAACUAAACUUGAAGAAUAACUCUCUUACAGGCUAUUUUCACCUUCCUUAUCGUCCAAAUAUAUUUACCUCUGCAAUAGAUAUUUCCAACAAUCUCUUGCAAGGCCAAAUGCCAUCAAACAUCAGCGUCUCUCUCCCAAAUCUCAUGUUCCUGAAUGUGUCGAGGAAUUCCUUUGAAGGUAGCAUUCCUUCCUUCGGUGGUAUGAGAAAGUUGCUCUUUUUGGACUUGUCUAACAACUCAUUCACGGGAGGAAUACCCGAGGACUUGGCCAUGGGUUGCCCCUCUCUGGAGUACCUUAUACUUUCAAAGAAUGAUUUGCAUGGCCAAAUGUUUCCAAGAGUUUCUAAUCUCCCCCGUUUGAGACAUUUGCACUUGGAUGGGAAUCACUUCUCUGGAAAAAUCCCAGACCUGUCCAACAGUUCUGGAUUGGAGAGAUUAGAUGUCAGUCACAACUCCAUAUCCGGUAAGCUGCCAGGGUGGAUUGGAAAUAUGUCAAAUUUGGCUGCACUAGUCAUGCCCAACAAUAGUCUUGAAGGACCCAUUCCUGUUGAAUUUUGCUCCCUUGAUGCCCUUCAACUCCUAGACCUUUCAAACAACAAUCUCUCCGGCUCCCUUCCAUCCUGCUUUAGUCCAUUCUCAUUAAUUCAUGUACACUUGCAGGAAAAUCAUCUCACAGGGCCUCUGACUAAGGCUUUCACUAGAAGCAUGGAUUUGGCAACUUUAGACAUUAGAAAUAACAAUUUAUCUGGUGGCAUCCCAGAUUGGAUUUCCAUGUUCUCAGGCUUAAGCAUUCUCCUCUUGAAAGGAAACCAUUUUCAGGGAAAAAUUCCCUAUCAGUUAUGCCAAUUGUCCAAGAUAACCAUAUUGGAUCUUUCUUACAACAGUCUCUCUGGUCAUAUUCCUUCUUGCUUAAACAAAAUCCAAUUCAGGACUGGAUUUCGAUCUGGGAAAUUUUCCAUCAUAUCAUAUUUCCCAAGCCCAGGAUUCUCAUCAUAUCUGUAUCAUAGCCAGCACAUUGAAUUAUCUCAAGUAAAUGUCAACAGCUACCCCAUAGCUUAUGAUAAGGCCAUGGCCGAGUUCACGACGAAGAACAGGACCGACUUCUACAAGGGAAACUUUCUAUACUCCAUGACUGGGAUCGAUCUCUCUUCCAACAAGUUGACAGGUGCAAUACCUCCUGAAAUUGGAAACUUGAGCCAGGUUCACGCAUUGAAUCUUUCUCACAACAUCUUGACUGGGCCAAUCCCAGCAGCCUUCUCAGGCCUGAGGAGCAUAGAGAGCUUGGACCUCUCCUACAACAACCUGACUGGUACCAUCCCUGGGGAACUCACUGAGCUAACCAACUUGGCAGUUUUCAGUGUGGCUUACAACAACUUAAGUGGUAAAAUACCAGAAAUGACAGCCCAGUUUGGGACAUUCUUGGAAAACAGUUAUGUGGGAAAUCCUUAUCUUUGUGGGUCACUGUUGAGGAAAAACUGCAGCAGAGCUGAGGAAGAAGCAGAAAUUGAUGAAGGAGAAAAAGGUUUGACAGAUAGGGACAUUUUCUAUGUGAGCUUUGGGGCGUCUUAUGUAGUAGUAUUAUUGGGAGUUGCUGCUGUUCUCUACAUCAAUGGGGGUUGGAGAAAGAAAUGGUUUCAUGUCAUUGAUGUACUGAUCACAUGUUGCUGCAAUUUUGUGAUGCACCUUGUUGGUAAGUUCUCCAGUUAGAAGGGCUUGGGCUUACAGUGGAGGUGAAUUGAAAAAAUUUCUGAUCAUGGAAAAAGAAAUGAAUGUUCAAAAUAUGUCCCAAACAUGAUUGUUGUCCUAUUUAUAGGAAAACAAAUAUUAUCUUAGGAUCUAUAUAUUUAUGAUUAUCGUCGUAUUUAUAGGGAAACAAAUAGAACAACAGAUUGUUUAGUAAAGAAAGAUAUUUGUAAUCUAGAUUCAAUCAUUUGAUAUACAAAUUUUCCUUACGAUGUUAGAAAGUUUA